UGCCACAGAAAUAAAAACUCGAUUCAAGUAAAAAGCAAGAACCCCCCCACAUAUUGCCGGAUAUCCAGUUCAUAUCCUAAUAUCCCAUGUUUUUUUGUUUUUUUCUUUUCGGCUUUCCUUCCUCCGAUACCAAUGCUUGUAAACAGGCAGAAACAGAUUAUCCACUCCAAUCGAUAACUACAAGAACAAAAGAAAAACGUACAUGGAAAAAAGUUAUCAACGCCGUGCACAACUCAUGCGUCAGACUCCAAGCAAAUACCCAUUAAAUAAAGAAAAAGAGAGGGAACAGAACAGAAACCCCACAAACAUAAACUUUUUUCCCUCAAUUAUUAAAAACCCUCCUCUUCGACUCUAGCAGUUCCAAAUCUAAGAGGAAGAUCUAACCCUAGCAAUGCUCUCCCAAACUUUAUCCGCACCACUCCUCAGGCUGUGCGAGGAAAACCUCGGCGAUGAGCCGGCAGAGCUGGUGCUAGACCUCGGACUAGAGUCCGGCGACCCAGCGGGGCUAACGCUAUAGUGCGACCUGGUAGCAAUGGCCUCUGAGGGGACGAUGUUGCCGGCACCGCCGCGGCCGAUGGAGUAUACGGGUGCGUGGUGCUCGUGGAAGAGACGGUCUCGCUCAAGCUCCUCGUCAAAGGAGAACAUUGCUCGCUCGGAUUUGGGCUUGAUGUUGCCGGCGCCACCGCGCCCGCCAAAGAAGACGCGGGAGUUUGGUGGGGUGGCAGUUGCUGGGAGGGCUGUCGCGACAGCUGCGGGGAGGGAGGAGGUGCUUGGGAGACGACGGUAGUUGCCUGCGCCGCCGCGACCGGCGUGGUAGUAGGAGCCUGCGCCGUGGAUGGGGGUGUCUUCAGUAAUUUGGAAGGGCAUUCUGGUUAUUUGGUGGUGGUGGUGGUGGUGGUGGUAGUACUGGUCGUAGAAGGAGGAGGCAGAAGCUUUAUUUAUAUGCUUCUAUAUGGCAGGAAGUAUCGCCGCUUUAUAAGAUAUGGUAGUACCGGUAGCAAAUAGUACGGUGGUGGAUAGUAGUAGAUAGCUUUGGACGAAAAAGCUCAAGUGCGUAAGCUGUGGAAUAGUAGUCUGAAGGUCUGAGUCAAUGGCUCCAAAAUAAAAGGGUAUCCAGAGAGGAAACUAAAGAGGUCUUUAUAUCCCAGGUCAGGCACGCCCUGACGAUCCCACUAACGGCAAAUCUGGGGCAAAUUCUGUCCCAAAAACUUUUCUGUAUUCGAGUAUGCCGCCGGGCUGUGGCUCACCACCCACAUCAUCCACCCCUCAUCGACCUCGCCUGCGGUAUUCUUGAAGGGGUAACGAUCUCGUGAUGGUGGGAUGAACGGUUGGUGGUGGGAAGGUGAAGGGAUGGCUCAAGAGUCAAGACCCAUCCAUGAACCGGCCAGCCAUGAGCUAAUUCUUGCACGGGCAAUACUAGCUACCCCAUACCUGUACACUGCAAGCAUUUGCGAAUGGGAGGGAGCAGGCGCCGAGUAAGGCUCCGGGUGUACCAGGCGCAGCAGGUGCGUGCGGUACGGUACUGAACUGUACGGGUUUAGGAAAAGGCUUUCUUUCUCUCUUUCUUUUUUUUGCUUUUCCUUUUCAGAAUCUGGAUCGAUGUGUUCCAGCAACCGAAGGAAAGUAGGUAGGCAUGCAAAGCAAGCUACCAAAGUCCACGGGAACAAGCCAUCCCAGAUCCAACGCGGAUGAAAUUGAAAUUGGCUGAAGAAACAAAAGAAAUCUGAGGCAGGCAAAGAAGGAAGGGUGCAU